ACACUUCCACUUCCACCAUCUAUAUCAACAAAAAGGUGGGUUAGGGUUCCGAAAUUUAGAGGGAACAAGCGAUAAUUAAUGGCGUCUGUGAAUCAAAGAAAAAGGACGAUGAUUGCGUCUUUGAAUCUAACUAAAGGGGCGAUAAUGACAAUUUGUAGUGACAAUUUCUCUUGUAAUAGUUUUAAGCCGGUGGUGGUUCAAGUUAUCGAUGUGAAGCGGGUGCGGUGCUCGGUAACCGACGGAUGCUACUGCGUCAGUCUUACGUUCUCCGAUGGUUCCCAUUCUAUCGUUGGAGUUCUAGCCAAUAAUCUGGAAGAAUUUGUUCAAUCUGGAAGGUUGCAGAAAAGCUCUGUUGUUAUGCUUACUCGAUUCUUCUUCAGUUCACUUUUAUGUCGCAAGGUUCUUAUCAUCACUGGGCUUCAUGUUAUAAUGGACAAAUGUGUGCUGAUUGGAAAUCCUGUUCCACCGAGCAAAUCAAAUUGUGCUGAUCAUUCUGACACUUUUGACUGUGAUAGUGAUAUGGCUAUUGUACCAAUGGUUUCCACUGAUGAGGACAUUCCCCAUGCUAAGGAGAAAAAGAAAGCUGAAGAACCUAUCCCUGCUUGUUCUUCAAAACAACUCAUAUUCCAUUAUUCUUGCAUGACUGAAGACGAAGACGAAGAUGAUCCUAUUCUGUCCGCCAAUUUGAAGGAGUUUGAUGAUUUUUGGGACAAUCUUAUAACUUCUAAGGAAAUUGGGUUUGACAAGAUAUGGAAUGAUUUCAUGCUAGAAUUAGAAUGUAUGAAGUUGGGUUGGGAGAGAGACGAGUACAAGAAUACUGAGGCUGAGUGUGGUAUGCAUCGACCAAAAGUAGGACUUUCUUUGACGAAGAAACCUGACUUGGAAGCUGCUACUCAGUAUAUACAUGGCUUCAAAAAUGCUCAAGCUCAACCGGCCUUGUUCUGCUGUGCAGGUACUGAUCACUCUGCUAUGGACAUGUUCAAAAGAUUGUGUAAUGGUGAGAUUCAUAGUGAUGAUGAGAAGGAAGAAGAUGGAGGAGAAGCAUCUCAUGUGGAUGCAUAAUCCGACAAUUGGGCAAUCAAAGGCCAACAGAAUGCUCUGAAGGUUGAGUUUGAAGGACAGAGGAAUGCCUCAGGUUAGCUUUUGUAAUUAGUUUUGAAACCGACUUCAAAUAUCUUUUGGUUUUAUUGAUACGAUGUUGCCCCCUUUUUCCAUAUAAUACUUUAUAUAUUGGUCUUGCAUUUAACGAAUAUUGAUUCAUAUUCUGGUGAA